AUGACAGGAGUUAACCUAUAUGCCAUCUAUAACAUAGAGGUCAUACUCAAAGUGGCCACUAGAAUUGUUGGUGAGGAUGAUGGAGGGAAGCUAUUUACUCCUGAAGAAUAUGAAGAAUAUAAAAUGAAAAUACUUCCAAUACGGUUACGAAACAGAUUAUUUGUGAGCUGGCGAUCACCAAUGGGCAUGGACUGCAAACUCAUCGGCCCGGAAACUUUAUGUUUUUGCACACAUAGGUAUAAACAACAUAAAACGGAUUUUGAAGUCAUCCCACCGGAACGCCCAAUUUCCUUGCCUUGCAAAGUGAACCAAUGCCCUUGCAGCGCCUUUUACUACGUACCUUUAAAUGGAACUCAACCCAUUCGGUGCAGGUGUAAACAUUUUGCUGACCAACACAGUGCCGAUCCAGAGCGGGUUUGCAGGGCCUGUAACAAAUGUCCAGGAUUUCAUAGUUACUUCACCUGUGGCUGUGGCCAUCCCACGUAUACACAUGAGACCGUAGUGGAAACAAAGGAGGAGAGGCUCGCCCUGGGAAAGCCCGUGGGACAGGAUGUUCCUUAUGCUGCAAUGGGAGGAUUAACGGGAUUUAGCUCAUUAGUAGAAGGCUACAUGAGACUUGAUGACAGCGGAAUAGGUACACCUUCACUUGACGUUUUAGAAUCUCCAGUGACUGCCAUGGACCACCCAUUCCUACGAGCACAUCAAGAGCCAUCUAGUUCUCUUCAAGGUACAAGUAAUCAAGAAUCUUCCUUAAGGAGAUCUGAAGAGGAUGACAUGGCUUACUUUGAAAGGCGAUACCAAGAAAGGCUGAAAAUGGAAAAGGCUGAAAAGAAGAAAACAGCAGGGGCCUUGCCAUCAAAGACGAAGAAUAAGGAUGGAACGAAAUGAAUAAAUGUAGCUGAAAUCCAUUGGUGCAGUAUAUGGAUGCUCUCCCCUGCUCUGUGGAAUGCUCAUACUGCACUUAAAGCCAUUUUCAGCCUUUCUUUGGGCUCAUUUGUGAGGGAUGUUCCCUUUGCCAAAAUUAACAUGUGGUUUGUACUCAUCCUAGACAGGACCCUUCCCCCCCAC